AUGGCAGCGGCGGCCGUAACGAUCAUGAUGGCGGCUGGAGGGCCGGUCCUGAACGGGGCCGACGCCGGGACCGCGGGGCUGAAGGAGGCGGCGGGCAUGUACGAGCAGUUGCGGGCCGAGUGGAACCGCAAGAACCUCAACCUGAACAAAUGCGGCGACUUGCUGGGGCGCCUGAAGUUGGCUCUGCUCGAACUCAACUUCCUGCCCACCACUGGCACAAAGCUGACUAAGCAGCAACUUAUUUUGGCACGAGACAUUUUAGAAAUUGGAGCGCAGUGGAGUAUCCUGAAAAAGGACAUCCCCUCUUUUGAGAGGUACAUGGCCCAGCUCAAAUGCUACUACUUUGAUUACAAGGACGAGUUGCCGGAGUCAGCCUACAUGCACCAGCUGCUGGGCUUGAACCUCCUCUUCCUGCUGUCCCAAAACCGUGUGGCAGAGUUCCACACUGAGCUGGAGAGGCUGCCCUCAAAGGACAUCCAGACCAACAUCUACAUCAAGCAUCCCGUGUCUCUGGAGCAGUACUUGAUGGAGGGCAGCUACAACAAAGUCUUUCUAGCAAAAGGCAACAUCCCAGCAGAGAGCUAUGCUUUCUUCAUCGACAUCUUAUUGGACACAGUCAGGGACGAAAUUGCCAGCUGCAUUGAGAAGGCCUAUGAGAAGAUCCUGUUCAAUGAGGCCACUCGGAUGCUCUUCUUCACCCCCAAGAAAAUGACUGACUAUGCCAAGAAGCGUGGCUGGAUUCUAGGCCCACACAACCACUACUGCUUCAUGGGCCAGCAACAGAAACCCGAAGAUGCCACUAUCCCCUCGACAGAGCUAGCCAAACAAGUGAUCGAAUAUGCUCGACAGCUGGAGAUGAUCGUCUAAGCGGGCCACCCCCAUGGCUUGGGACUGUGGGCUGUUUUCCACUCCCUCUUUUAGCCUUUUACUAAAGUUCCCAUCCAACUAGCAGCCUUUUUACAUACAUGGAAAUAGGUUGGGGUUUUUUGUGGGCUGUGUGGUUAUUCUCUCCCCCCGCCCCCAGCCACCUGAUGGAAUGCCAGAGUAAAAACUGGGCCCAUCUCUGUGUCAUUGGCAAUUGUGGUGUUUGCUGGUGCAGGAUGGGGGAGAGUUCUGGACCUGGUUUGGGGACUGGUUGAUCUUGGGCUUCUCCGACCUCAAACGGCAGGAAACUUUCCAAAUGUUCAGAGGUGAUGUCAGGUGCUUUCAGCUGCCCAGGAAACAGGGUUUUCCUGCUUGCUGGUCAGCACAAGGUUGAACUAGCCUCCCAGAGUUUGAAUCUGAAUUCUUUUUUAACCGUUAUUAUUUGGUACCUUGCCGUCAUCUUUUGGUGCAGAUCACUCAAAGGAUGUUUGCAGGUUAAAUAAACAAUGCCAUUUCUUCUA